AGAAUCAUUUAAAAUAUGUUCCCUUUAGGGGGCCUGUUUUUGUGUCCCCAUACCGUCAGAAGUCCCCUAAAGGUGUGUAAAAAGAGCGAUGUUCCCAUUAAGUAAGCAUCACCAGAACACACACACACACACACACACACACACACACGUUGGUCGAGCGUGCUGUGGGAAGAUCUGCGAACACGCCCCUAACAAGCUGCCCUCCCUGGGUCAGAGAUAAGUAUAAUGUCUGCAAGCCCACGUCUUAAUGCUCUUGCAGCACAAAUGUAUGAUCGACAUGCAUCCUUUUAACAUUGGAUCAUAUUGGAAGCCUUCUGCAAAGGCGGGUCAAAUGUCGCCAGUUCAACCGCCCCUAUUUUUUGUUGUUAUUUCCUGCCUUGUAACAUUGUGCUUCUCUCUCUCAGUCUGAGCCCUGCCAACUCCUGCAGCUUUGUGGCCAUGAUAAGACCAGCCCUGCGGCGGUAAUGGUUAACCAGAUAAUUUGACAUUUUUGGGUGGGAGCAGACAACAGCGGACUUCUCCCGCCUUUACCAGCAGUUCAUUCAUAGCAGGACUUCAGCAUGGACCAGACGUCGCAGCCGGGGACGGAUUACAAAGGCCAGGAUGAGGAAGAACAAGGUGGGAUCCGCCGCCGCCUGAGGGACAGGUCGCUUCUCAAGAAGAGGAAAGCCGAAGCAGAGGAGAAGGAAACUUACCAGUGGGUUUUGGGGCUGGAGAGCCCGAGGAAAAGACAGAGGGCUGAAGGCAGCAAAAGGAGGGGGAGGCCCAGGAAGACCGCUGGUAUACCAGAGAGCUCUUUUACCCAGGGAGGUCCUGCUAUGGUGGUGCUCACAGGACCAGAAGAGGCAAUGCCGGCGAUAACGUCAGACCCUCGGGAAGCAGAAGCUGUCCUUACUCCGGGUUUCAUGUCGCCUCCAGACGCUCUCAUUGUAGUUCCUCCAGCUCUGAACCAAGAUCAGUCCAGCGCUCCAGCUUCUUAUCAAGCUCCCGAACCAGGUCCAGAUCUAGCUACCGAACCAACUUCAACUCCAGAUCGAGCUACCGAACCAGGUCCAUAUCUAGCUACCGAACCAACUUCAACUCCAGAUCGAGCUACAGAACCAGGUCCAGAUCCAGCCACAGAACCAACUCCAGCUCCGGAUCGAGUUAACAAACCAGAUCCGUAUCUAGCUACUGAACCAGCUUCAGCUCCUGACCCAGCCCCUGAACCAGAUUUCGCUCCAGAUGCUCUUCUAGUCCUGCCUCAAUCCCAGGCUCCUGCUCCUGAACCAGCCAGCGUUUCGUCCGUCGUCCCUCCACAGGUGGAGACCCUCACGUCCUCUAGCUCACAAACCUUUGACCAGGUCCUCAUCGAGGAUUUAGGCCCAGAUGUUGAAGCGGACGAGGUCGUAGUCCAGGAUAAAGGAGCUGAUGAAGAUACGAGCGAAGGACCGUCCAAUAACGAGUCCAAACCAAACCAGAUGUUCACAAUCCCGCCCUUGUCCUCGCUGUCAGUGCCCCAAGAAUAUCUCCAAGGAAACUGACUCUUGAUGCUCUAAGGCUGUGUUCAAACUCGUGGUUUGGUACAUUGGUAAAAAAUUUUUUAAAAGUAAUAAUACUUUCUGCUUCACGUUUCCACUGCUAUUGUUUCCAUGGGACAAAAGACUGCAGAGUAAAGAACAUAAAGUAAGGACUUGAUUCGUAACAUAUAUAUAUAUAUAUAUACAUAUAUAUAUAUUUAUUUAUUUAUAUAUAUAUAUGUAACUAAAACCGUUGAUAGAUAGGUCUUUAUUGUCAUUGCGCACGUACAACGGAACUUUUUUUUCAGCACAAACCCGUUCAAGAUUAGACAAACAAACAGCGUACAGCAGGGGUCUCAAACUCAAUUUACCUGGGGGCCUCUGAAUGCAGAAACUGGGUGAGGCUGGGCCGCAAGAAAAGAUUUCUUUAAAAAAUCUAACAUGCACUUUUUAAUGAAUUCACCUUCUUUGAAUGACUUUCCCGCCCUAGCAAUAUGCUAGCCAACUCUCGCGAUCUUUCCGAGAAACACCCGAAUAUCAGUGCCCCUCCUGACAAUCUCCAGGGCAAUCAUUCUCCCGGUUUUCACCCCGGACAAAAAUAUUAUCAUUCUCCCGGUUUUCACCCGGACAACAAUAUUAAGGGCGUGUCGUGAUGGCACUGUCUUUAACGUCCUCUAUAACCUGCACCACACUGUGAACCCACACCAAACAAGAAUGACAAACACAUUUUGGGAGAACAUCCGCACUGUAACACAACAUAAACACAACAGAACAAAUACUCAGAAUCCCAUUUAGCCCUAACUCUUCCAGGCUACAAUAUACACCCUCGCCCCCUAUUUUUGUAAGAGUGUUAAAGUUUAUACGGCCACCCUCAGUGUGACCUGUGUGGCUGUUGAUCAACUAUGUCUUGCAGUCGCUUACUAAGUCUACAGAAGCCAAAUACAACAUGUGGCUGGGCUGGCACGUUGUUUGUAAAGGUUGUAGAGGACGCUAAAGGCAGUGCCUCCACUGUGCCCCUUUAAAAAUGGUAUUUGAGUGAAAUUCGGGAGAAUGAUUACCCCUGGAAGGGCACUGAAGAUUGGGAGUCUCCCGGAAAAUUCGAGGGUAUGCAAGUAUGACACUGUAAAGCACCGUUCAUAUGAAACUCGCGGACCGCACCAACAUAAAAUUUUCAUAUUCAGGUGCGGGCCGCAAAAUAACGGGCCGCGGGCCGUGUGUUUGAGACCCCAGGCGUACAGGUUACAGAACAGGAACACUGAUAAGGCAACCCGUAAAAACUGGGGAAAAAGGUAAAACGCUGGGGAAGGAAGAGUAAAAAAAUACAAUCUAGACUGGGCUCCAAAGGGGGCCCAGUCUGGAGUGGGAAAAGAACCUCCAUAGUAAAGCACAUAUACAUAUUACAACGCACAUCUCCAGGUUUCUAGCAACAGAGGGAAGGGAGUGUGUGGUCAUGGUGGCUGGCCGCAGCUCUCACAUGCUGACCAUCCUUUUAUCACCCCUAUAGGAUUUGCGUCGAGGGCGUUGGGGUGGGGGGUGUAUGUGUGGCGUAUAUUUUUUUGGAUGCAUGGUUGUGUGUAAGACUGCAGUGUUUCUCUGUUUGUUUGUCUAAUCUUGAACGGGUUUGUGCUGAAAACAAAGUUUUGUUGUACUUGUGCAAUGACAAUAAAGGCCGAUCAUUGGGCUAUAGAUUUUAUUUUUAUUUUAUGCUAUUUUUAAAACAGCUUAGAUUUCAACAAAAGCUUUCAAAACAUUUUUAAAAGAGCUCUGUUGUCGCAGAGAAACCGUUUAAAAAAAAAUUGCUAUUACGUACAUAUUCGUCAUUUCUGCAUGCUUUUAUUUUAUUUUUGUUUUUUUUGCCGUCACCUUUAACGCUGCUCCGUCCGUGCCUUUGCUGCUUUGGCCUUUAAACUCAAGUGAACCGAACCGCACCCGAGUUCACUUGCCAGCGGGCCGAGCGGACUCGGUCUGCAAGUUGGUUGCGCAACAGGAUUGGAAUGAUCGCCUUUGCACUGUCAAUCAAGUGUGAGCCAACGCAGCAGAGUUCUUUCUGACAUGACUAGUACCAAGCACCGCCGCCUCGUUUUUAUUGACGUUUCUAUCACUUUGAUAUUUUAGUGCAAGCUGUAUAAAGAACAUGGAGUAAAUGAAGGAGUUUAUUUAAAUCACAUCCAUGGAUUUUGUUUGCUAACUGUGAGUUUGUUGGAUUGUACUAAUCUCAUGUAACAAUAGCAAUUAUUUGUGGUAAAUUGGUAGCCAUUUUUUUCCCCACCUAAUAAACAAUAUUGUUUUCGCCUUUAAAUUAAUGAGCCUUUUCAUUUUUGUCACAUCGGUAAUUAGCAUUCUCAUGAAUAUGCAUAUUUGGCCUUUAGUGUUACAUUUGAUCGACUUGCUUUUGCAUCCAAACAUUUUUUGUUAACAACAUAUUCUUCCCAGCAGGCACAAGACAUUGAAACAACGUUGAGAACGUGUUGAGUUAGGUCCUGACGUUGAGCAACUCAAUUCUAACAUUUGAACAACGAGCUUUUUUGACAAUCAUUAAUUAAUGUUGGGUUCUGACGUUGAUAUGACAAUUGAAAAUGGGUCAUUUCCCAACCAACCACAUGCUUUUUGACAACGUUUAACCCAUGUUGGGUUCUGACGCUGAAUUUUGGUCAUUUCCCAACUAAUCUACAACACAAAUACAAAGUUGAAACCACAUGCUUUUUGAUAACGUUUAUUCAAAGACAGUUUGUGAUGUUGAUUGGACCAUUGAAAUUUGGUCAUUUCUCAACCCACAACACUGAACAUCAUGCUUUUUGACACCGUUUAAUCAAUGUUGGGCUCUGACGUUGAUUUGACCGUUGAAUUUUGGUCAUUUCCCAAAUAAUUGUUAUGAUCCGCUGCCCGGAUCAUAUCAUGUUCAGGUUUUGAGACUUUUUUUGUAUUUUGUUCUGCUAAUGUUUGCCUUAGUUCCUGGUUGCACUUCCUUGUUUGUUCUGUCACCAUAGUAAUGUAUUAUUUUCACCUGUUUUUGUUCAUCACUGCCUUGAUUUAAGCCUGCCUUCUGUGUUCACUAGUUUGUGUUUCACAACAGUGACAACUCUGAUUCCCAUGUUUGUACUGGCUAGCUUCCGCGCUAAGCCUUUGCUCCUCUAGCUCCCAUGCUAGUAGUUUUGUUUUGCCUUUUGUGCCUGGAGCAAGUUUUUCUGUUUCAUAGUCUGUUUUAAUUUGAAAUAAAUCAGUGUUUCUUACCUUCA